UUCCUUCCGGUAGCAUUUGUGCUGCUAUCGCUGAUUGGCCCAGUUGUUCAUCGGCACCGGAUGGACAUUUCACCACCGUUCGACACGUUUGUGCCUCGAUUUUCUGGUAUAUACCCAAUGUCCGGUCAUAGUAAUUUCCGAAUAACUACUUAUGGUGUCCCGGUAUUCAAUGGCACUAACCCGGCUUACAGUGUCAUAAAGCGCGAAUCACCCGCAGAAUUUGGAUUUUUGAUAAAAACAAGGAGUCAUAAUUCGGUCCUGUACGAGAAAACAGUGAAUGUUUUCGGUAACCUGAGUGGCACGGUGAAAUCGAUUGCUGUUGACUACGAACAUAUGAAUUUGACUGUAAUAAUUUUGUUUUGA